GGGGCGUGUUUUGUGUGCCGGACUCACAAUUUCCCCGUGACGACGCACAGCUGUGUUUUAGUUAACUUGGCACAAAACUGUUGCUCUCAUUGACUAAACUUGACGCUUUGUAUCCAAACAAACACUUUAACCUUCAUUUACAAUGGACCUGCCGAGCGAAGAGGCUUGCGGCGGACCAAAUAUGAAGGAUAAAGACGAGGAAAAUAUGACGUAUAAAGAAGCGGGAAAGGUGUCUCCUGACGAAGCGGAGGAGGACAUGGAGGAUGAAACUCAUGCUGACAUUUUGGACGUUUUUGAGGAGGGACUCGCACGUCUCGUCCAGGAUCCUUUACUUUGUGAUCUUCCUAUUCAGGUGACGUUGGAAGAAAUCAAUUCUCAGAUUGCUUUGGAGUACGGCCAGGCCAUGACUGUGAGGGUUUUGAAGGCUGAUGGUGAAAUAAUGCCCAUCGUGGUGGUCCAAGACGCCACCGUCCUGGACCUGAAGAAAGCCACUCGCAGGUUUGUGGAGCUGAAGCAGCAGCGGGAAGGCAGCGUGAGGCACAUCAACUGGAGGUACGUGUGGAGAACGUACAAUUUAGUGUUUCAGGGGGAGAAGUUAGAAGACGACCGUGUGAGGUUGAAAGAUUAUGGCAUCAGGAACAGGGACGAGGUGACCUUCAUGAAGAGGCUGAGGAAGAAGUGACUCUUUCUUCCCUCGGAGGCUCCACUUGAACAUCCACCAGCAGGAAGAACAUGUGAGGGGUCACCUAGAGCAGUUCAUGGGCGGUGAGGAAGUCCGUGGCGAAGACGCCCUCGGGCGCUGCCGACACAGCCGCGGCGUCCACACCCUCUGCGGGCGUGCACAGCGUCAGGUCCAGCCAGUCCAUGGCGUGAAGCUCCUCUAUCAGCUUCAGCGGCUCCUCCACGGCUGCACUCAGGAGGGAGUCUAAC